AUGGCUCAACAGCACGAGCAGCAGCAAGUGCCUCUACAGCACGAGCAGCAGCAAGUGCCUCUACAGCAGCAGGCACCACCUCAACAACCAGCACCUCCUCGACAGCCAGCACUUCCUCAGCCGCUGCAGCCAUUACCGCUGCAAUUCCAAGGCCCGCAUCAGCAGCUGCAGCAAUUGCCGCCGCAAUUCCAAGGCCAUCAACAGCAGCCUGAAGCGGUUCACUAUUAUGAUAAUGAGCGGCUUCAGCAUGUCAGGAAUGUACAGCUGCAGUUGCAUCAACUGCAACAACAAAUCAUGCUGCCACCAACCCAACACCAGCCUCAACAGCAAAUUAUGCUGCCUCUACAACAGCAGCAACUGCCGGUGGCUAAACAAAUUGAGCAAGUUUCGCAGUUGCAACAGUUGCAGCUUAUGCAACUGCAGCAAGUAAUUGAGCCUGAUAUUAACGACUAUGGUGAAUACCGAGGCUUUCGAGGUUACCGUGAGCCAUACCGAGGCGGAUACCGUGGUGGAUAUCGUAGCGGAUACCGCGGCGGCUACCGUGGCGGCUACCGUGAUAAUAGAUACUACCCUUACUAUUAUUAA